CUCGGGUCCCACCACCUUCUCUCCAGCUGAACACUCUCCACUACCCUCUAUAUAACCUAAUCGCACCCACUCCUCCAAUCACUCAUCGGAGCUCGACACCAGACGGCCAGUUAAAGUGAGUCGCGAACCGGACCGGAGACUUCGAACCGUUAGAGGCCAGCAAGAGAGGAGGCAUGGAGGGGAAGGAAGAGGACGUUAGGGAGGGAGCCAACAAGUUCCCGGAGAGGCAGCCGAUCGGGACGGCGGCCCAGGUCCCGGACGAGCGGGACUACGCCGAGCCCCCGCCGGCGCCGCUCUUCGAGCCGUCGGAGCUGAGCUCGUGGUCCUUCUACCGGGCGGGGAUCGCCGAGUUCAUGGCCACGUUCCUGUUCCUGUACAUCACCAUCCUGACCGUGAUGGGCGUGUUGAAAUCCGACACCAAGUGCAAGUCGGUCGGAAUUCAGGGUAUCGCGUGGGCAUUCGGAGGCAUGAUCUUCGCUCUCGUCUACUGUACCGCCGGUAUCUCAGGUGGUCACAUAAACCCGGCGGUGACGUUCGGGUUGUUUCUGGCGAGGAAGCUGUCCCUGACGAGGGCGAUCUUCUACAUGGUGAUGCAGUGUCUGGGCGCGAUAUGCGGCGCCGGCGUGGUGAAAGGGUUCGAAAACGCCAGCACCUUCGAGAGACUCAACGGCGGCGCCAACUUCGUAAACCCCGGCUACACCAAAGGCGACGGCCUCGGGGCUGAGAUCAUCGGCACCUUCCUGCUCGUGUACACCGUCUUCUCCGCCACCGACGCUAAGCGCAGUGCCAGAGACUCUCACGUCCCUAUACUGGCCCCGCUGCCGAUCGGGUUCGCGGUGUUCCUGGUGCACCUGGCCACGAUCCCCAUCACCGGGACCGGCAUCAACCCGGCCAGGAGCCUCGGCGCGGCCAUCAUCUUCAACAAAGACCGAGGCUGGGACGAUCACUGGAUUUUCUGGGUGGGGCCGUUCAUCGGUGCGGCACUGGCCGCCCUCUACCAUCAAGUGGUGAUCAGGGCCAUCCCUUUCAAGGCCAGGUGAUUGCGCUGAAUCGUGGCCGUUGAUUCCGGCGUCAAGGUGGGGGGAACCUCUUAAGAUGAUGAUAAAAAGUUUGGGCGGGUCCUACUUCUUUUGUGGGUUUUGCCUGUGUGUGUCUGCCAUGUGUUUGUGUAAUGUUCAGAAUGGCUUGUUUGUUUUUUUUUAUUUAUUCAAAAGGCUUCUUCUUUUGCUUUCGACUUUAGCCAGAGGAGUGGGCCCCGAUGACCUGUGGAAAGGGUGGGGGCCAAUCUGACGUUGGUGUCUGUAUUAUAUUUGUGUUGUUGUUAUCGUGAAGGUGAUCUGUCGAAUCAAAAAUAAAUCCAGAAAAAAAAAAUGAGAAAAAA